AUGUUGUGUAAAACUAAAAGUAAGCAAAAAUUCGAGCAAGAAACAGCACAAGAUGCCAAAAUUGUGACUGUAUGUGGAGCGACAGCAACAAAGCAAUUACCAUUGCCAACAUGUACAACUUCCGCACCACAAACUCCCAAUAAAACAGCAGCAGAAACUCUCAAAAAGAAAGCACCAAAACAUUCUUUAAAGGCACCGAUACAAUCACAGGCAACGGUUAAAAUAAUUUCAUUGCAGCCGACACAACCUGAUACAGAACGAAAAAAUAAGAAUGAAAAAUUGAGGAUUAAUAAAACACAAUCAGAAACAGAUUUCGAAGAUAUAUCGUUAGUAACAUCAAUGAUGAUCGAUAAAACGCAAGCAAGUAUUUCACAGCGAGUAGAUGAUAGUGCUGAUACCGGUGAAUAUGUGGAUGAUCUUCCGGAAGAACAUGAGCAAAGUAGUAGUGAAUAG